AAUCUGUCAAUGGAGGACGUGACCUAGCCUUGCGCAUUUGCAGAAACGAUUGCGUUUUCCGGUACAGAUUGCGUAGUGACAAGACAUCUCUAUUCAGCCAUCUAUUUUCUAUGCCGUUUAUCCUCACCAGAGUCACACGGAUAUACUGGAGCCCACCUGACUUCAAGCGAGAGACGGGGUACACCCUGGACUGGUACAACACACCUCAAUGCUAACUUUUCAACCAAAUUCUGCCGCCAUGAUAACCCCCCCACUCUGCCUCGGAUUGGCUGUGACCUAGAGAAAGUAGGCGUUUAAAGUGACCAAUCAUGAAGGAGGGGAUUACGGGGCCUUCUAAUUCAAUGCGCGCCCCCAGAGUGCCAAAUCUCGAGAAACUCCGAGCGCGUGGAAGACACAUGAAGGGAGCGCGCGCGCGCGGGCACUGAGCGCACGCGAGGAGGAAGCGGCAGAGAGCGCAUGUGGUCUUUACGCGCGCUGAUUAUGGAUUUGAAGAAAGUGCUGUCCUUCCCACCUUAUCCUGGGGAUUACCUGCAUCCAGUGGUGUAUGCUUGCACAGCUGUCAUGCUGCUCUGUCUGCUGGUCUCUAUCAUGACAUAUAUAAUCCAUCACAGUGUGAUUCGCAUCAGCAGGAAUGGAUGGCACACACUCCUCAACGUUUUGUUUCACACAGGAAUGACAUUUGGUGUUUUUGCCGGAGGGAUUAAUCAGAUCAAAUUUCCCUUUGUGUGUCAAAUCGUUGGCAUUGUGCUCCAUUAUGCUUCUUUGUCAACCAUGCUUUGGCUGACAUUUACUGCCAGAAACAUCUGUCAAGAUGUGUCCAAAGACCAACUUAAAGUCCCAGGAACAAACGGUACUGUCCAGGCUAACAGCAAAACAACAAUUCUCAGAUUUUAUCUUGUGAGCAAUGGCAUCCCUCUACUAAUUGUUGGAAUAACUGCAGCCUUUGGUAUGGAAAACUAUGGAAGCAGGGAUUAUGCACUCUAUUGCUGGAUGGCUUGGGAACCAAGCCUGGGGGGCUUCUAUGCACCAAUGAGCCUGUUGGUCUUAGUCAUGUCUGUGUACUUCUUGUGCACUUACAUUCAGCUCAGACGCCAUCCUGAUAGGAAGUAUGAGCUCCGAGUCCUGAGUGAAGAGCAGCAGCAGUUAUCAUCGCCAGACCAGCAGUAUCACCCUGACACUGGGGGAACUUGUGGGUCUGCUGGGGAAUGUGCAGCAUUCACUGCAGGCAUAUCAGAGCUUGCCAAUGAGCACUCAUUUAAAUCUCAGCUCCGGUCCACAGUUUUCACCCUGUGUCUGUUUCUGUCUACAUGGGUGCUCGGAGCUUUGGCAGUGUCUUUGGGACGUUUUCUGGAUAUGAUAUUUAGCUGUCUUUAUGGCGCUUUCUGUGUCACUCUGGGUCUCUUUCUUCUCAUCCAGCACUGUGCCAAGCGUGACGAUGUGUGGCACCGCUGGUGGGUUUGUUGCCCAGCCAAAUCCAAGAUGAAGGAUGGAGAUGCAAACAGACAGAGCCAGAGGCAGGAGCUCCAUCAGGCACACUGUCACCUAAACUCUCCAUGCUCAGGCAAACAGCUUUCCCCACACCUUGUACCAAGCUUGUACAACAAAAAGGCUCAUACUCCUUCCCAAAAUCUCACACCCAGUCACACCACUUCUUGCUGUGUGGCUGUGAUGGCUCCAACUGUAGCUACCCCAGUCUCACCUUUCACAGAGUCAGUGCCAUCAUCACGUCCUCAGGCCCUACCUGACGAGGUUCCUCAUCCUUCUGUUCUUCUACAGAGUUGCCUUAUUGACAGAACAAAGUCACGCUCCUUCAAUCACCCCCGUCCAUGCCUCAAGGACUACCGCUCUCACCUGGCCUCAAGCAGCAUGGAUGGGAGUGUACUUACUUCUCAGAUGGAAAGCCCUCACACUGCACACUACCUUGAAGGCUCAUCGGUUUCCAACAGCCCACACCCAGACCUGCAAAUCUUCUGCCCUAGCCCUCACUUAGACCAGGAGUUUGCAUCCUGUCAUAGUUUGCAGCGCCAGACCUCUUGCCACAGCGUACAAGACUCACUCACUUCCAGUCACAGCCUUCUUCUGCCUUCCCACGCAGCACGCACUUGCCAGUGGCACUUGUGCAGUUCAGCUGAUCACGUUUGUUCUACAACCUGCUCUGAAAAGCCAGAUACCUGCAGCUUUCUAUACCCGCAAGAUGUGGAUACAUACAGCUGCAUUUCAGAGUCCACAGAGAAAGAGAAGCAUACUUUAUUUGUACAGAUGGAGCCAACAUGUUUUCCUAGGAAUACGUUACCUCGUCAACACACUGCUAUCAGCAAACGAGGCUCUAUUGGCAGAAACCGUAGCCUGCAGGAAGAUCUGUCAGAUGCCACAGGGAACAUACGGACUGGACCUUGGAAGAAUGAAACUACAGUGUAGUUUUCUAAUACUUGCACUUGUAUACUCAAACCUGUAAAACAAAUAGUUCCGUAAUUGUUUAGCUCUGACUGCCCUCCGCUUUGCCUUCCAACCAAAAGUAAUUGUGAUCCUUCUGAACGUGUUGUCAAGAAAAUAUGGACUUUACAGUGAGAUUGCACUUACAUUGUUUUUUCUGCUUCAAAAAUGAGUUGUAAAUCGUCACUCAGUCCAGCGAAACAGCAUGUUUUGUGACCCAUGGCACCAUUUUGAACGGUCUGACAUGAAAUGUCUCUAGACGGGUGUUUACAUGCCCUAAAAAAAUACAUAGUAUUUAUUCAGUUGAAACCAGCUUUUUGAAACACAUGUAAACAGCUUAAUUAGAUCUUUUUAAGGGUGGAAUUAACACUUACGUAGUCUGUGUGGCUGGAAACCAGAUUCCUUUUACAUGUAUAGUUUCAUUGGUCUAUCAUCAGUGUGCUUUGCUCAAUAGUUUUCAAAUUUAAUGGAUACAAUAAAUAUCUGUUUAAUAAGUGGUAGAACAUUCCAGAAGAGGCCAGUUUUGAUAAUCCCUGCUUGAUGUCCUCCAUGCGUUGCAACUAUACCCAAAGUUCAAUGCCUGAAAAAUGAUAUCCUCCAAAUCCGAGUCAGACAUACAGUAGCUCUACGACAGGGGUAGGGAACCAGAUGUGGCUCUUUUGGUGACUGCAUGUGGCUCUCAGACAUUUCUGAUACUACUUAUUGAAUUUUUUUUGUUGACAUUUUAAAUGAAAACAUUACAGAAAUCACAGUGUUAAAAAUAAUGUUGAAAAUAUAAAACUUUCUUAUGCAUCCAUCCAUCCAUUUCCUACCACAAGGCAGUGCAAGUCAUGCCAGUGUAGCAUGAGUAGCGGGCUCAUACUCCGUAUAUUCAGGAUCAAAAAGAUAAGGUUCUGGAUCCUCAUUUGUCCAAAUGUAGUUGGCGGCAGCGUCCCUCACAAAGUCUGCCAUGAUUAGCAGUUGCAAACAGGCACACGCUUGACACGCUGCUGUUGUUGACAGAAGUAACACUAAAUGUGACUUCAGUGUGCCCAGGAAGUUUAAAAUGAUCAAAAUACCGUAAGUAUUCCAUGUUAUCAUGAACGUGCUCUUGUUUCACAUCAGGAUUGUAGAUGAUGGGCACAUUUUUUUUUAAAAAGCGCAGUUUUCCUUUAAAGUAUGCCUCCUUCGUAUGGAUGGAAAAAUGUUAUAUUACAAAAUACUACAGUAUGUAUAACCAAAGACGCACGUUCCAAAGGAAGAACGUUCAAAACCUGUCACCAAAAUUAUUCCAAAAACAGAACGACACCGGCACCAUAGGUGAAAUGUUACGUUUUGGAAUGUAACCAAUAUUUGCGAGGAAAAUGUGUCCUCUUAAAGCAGGAGUGGGCAAACGUUUUGACUUGCAGGCCAUUGGGUAAAAAAAAUUGGUGCAGGGGCUAUCUAUAUAUAUAUAUAUCUAUAUAUAGAAACAGAAGGACAUACUUGCUCACGUUGCAACGAAAUGAAAACACAACACAUCUACUGCAAGUUAAGGCAUCACAGAAACCAACUACUACUACUACUACAAAGUGGGUGAUAAACAACAAUUAUGCACUAAACAUAAAAGGUAACUUAAAACUUUCCAAAUGCCCGCAAGGCACCCUGGGAAGUCCAGCUGCAACAGCAACAUGAACUAUGAACAAUAAAACAUUGGAUAUCAAGGGUAUGCUAACUCUCCCUUGUUUACGUCUCUGUCGACCUCUUCGACAUAUUUUGCAAUCAAGCAAAAAAUCUGACAAACACGGCAAAAUGUUGGGCGAAAGUGUACGACUAGCUACCCGGCAUGCCUUGCAGCGAGAAUAUGAGGGUGUUUUUUUGGCACGGGUAUUGUGCGUAGAUAUUUAUUUGUAUGGCCUCAUGGUGCAAUCGGUCUUUGUGAGUUGACGUGUUGUGUCUGGAUCACUUUUUUGUACAAGCAAUUCAAGCAAGUCAUGUUGCCAGCUACAGUUUCGAUGUUAGAGGUUUCAAAAAAGGAAUUUCAAAAUGCACGCUGGGCCGGAUUAAGACGCGUGGCGGGCCUGAUGUGGCCGGCGGGCCGCACUUUGCUCACCCCUGUCUUAAAGUCACUUGAACCACCGUUGUACAUGAUGUCCCCAAUUUUACCAGACUUUCACUUGGCAAAUGCCAGAGGAUAAAAGUUGAGUUUUUCUUUUGCCCAGACGGCAGCCUCUCAGGGAUUACGUCCUUCGCAGCAGAGUACCCAAAACACCGGCCAAUUAAACACCCCAAUGAAAAACAAUAAAAAGCAGCACAUUUUCAUCACUUUCUAAGAAAACACAGGGCAGGACGUGAAAACAGGUCAUGAUCUGGGAAAACAGGACAUUUGGUAACCCGAAUCAAAUCAACACCUGAUACUUUAUCCAUCCUUCAGUCCUCGUCAGGGUCACAGGUGAGCUGGAGUCUAGCCCAGCUGACUUGGGGGAGAGGUGGGGUACACCAUGGACUGGUCAUCAGUCAAUCAAUCACAUGACACAUACCUGUACAGUAUAUACAAACAAUUUCGAGUCUACAUUUAACAUAACACGCAUGCUGUUGUAAUGUGGGAGGAAGCUGGAGUACUCACACAACCACAAAUUCCACGCAGAGACUCAAAUCAGGGUGUCAUGACUGGCUUGAAUUUGUGUUCCACAAGAGACGGCCAUGGCUUUAAGCAUAGCAUGCUAGCGAGCUAAAUAGUUAGCCUCCAAUUUAUUAUUUUAAACUUAAGAAAGGCUUUCAAACAGGGUGGGAAGAAGGACAAAGUAAAGAAGCAAAAAACUUACCACUUACACACGAAAUGGGAGAGGAACUUUUUUUCACUCUAUCAUGUAGGCCAGGGGUGCUCACACUUUUUUAGCUUGCAAGCUACUUUUAAAAUGACCAAGUCCCAAAGAUCCACAUACUACUAUGAGUAUAGAAGUAUAUACAUUUACUACAUUUCUUAAAACAAAAUAUGAGUAUGUAUUUAUGUAGGUUAUACAUGUAUAUCAGGAGUGUACGCACUUUCUCAGCAUGCAAGUACAAGUCCAAAUGAUCUACCUCUUUCUAUAAAACAUAUAACAUAUACAAAAGGUAACCAGGAAACUCUGAAAUUCUAUUGUAAAUAUUCAUAAUUAGUAUUUCACAUCCACAUUUUCAAAGUUUACAGGUAAUCAAAGUAGUUGCUAUCAUAAUUCACUUCAAUAUGGAAAUAAAGAGCAUUCCACAUAACUCCUAAAUAGUUGUGUACGAGUGAGUGAGUACUGGUAAUAUGUCAGUCACAUUAGCUAUGUAGCGUUCAUUAGGGCACUGGUCCCCAACCCUUUAUCACCCACGGACCGGCUUGUGUUCCCACAAAUCUCCCGCGGACCGGGGCGGGGGGUUCGUACAUUAUAGCGAUCUAAUUUAUAUUAUCGAGGGAAAGGCUUCUUGAGACGUCAUCUGUACUUCUGUGAAGAAAGUGUCGGACGUUUCCCUCCUCAUCCGAAGAGCUUCGUCAGCGAACUAAUAAGUGCUCGUAGCCUAAUUAGUGUCUAAUACACAACAUGUCCAGAGAGCGCUCUCAACCUGUGGGUACCCGCGGUGGGAUUUUAACAAAUGUCAAAAGAAGAGAGUAGGGAAAGAAACCCAAAAGCCCACACAGAAGCAAAAAGGAGAGGAGUGGUAGUCCCCUAUGUAGCGGGGGUCUCCGAAAAACUCCAGAGGAUCUUAUGGCAACACAAAAUUCCUACCUAUUUCAAACCAGUAAAUACCCUGAGACAAAAAUUAGUGCAUCCUAAAGACAAGGCUCCAAACCAAAAACAGAGCAAUGUGGUCUAUUCCAUCCACUGUAAAGAUGAGGAAUGCAAAGAGCACUACAUUGGGGAAACUAAGCAAAUGCUCCAAAAAAGGCUUUAUCAACAUCGCAGGGACAAUUCGAGUGGUCCUCAAUCAGCAGUACAUCUACACCUUAAAGCAACCAAUCACUCUUUUCAGGACAGCGAGGUAAAGAUUUUGGCCAAAGAAAACAGAUGAUUUGAAAGAGGAGUAAAGGAAGCUAUUUUUGUCAAACAACAGAACCCAUCAUUGAAUCGGAAUGGUGGUUUGAGUUUAAUUUGGACCCUGUGUUCAGCAGGUUACUGAGACCAAAACCCACAGCUCUUAGUCUUGCAAAUGAGGUGAAGCCAGGGCCGAGCCAAACAAUAAAUGCUAACGAGCCAGUAUCAGAGUCGUUCAUACCCAACUCAGGGAGCGACACUUUCUUUUUAUCGGAGGUGCUAAUAGCAGGAGAGGAUUAGACCACUACUCCGCCCAGGCUUAGUGUAAGGAACCAAUAGAAGGAGGGUGCUGGCACACCAAUUCCGCCCACUCUUACUGUAUUUAAGGCCUAGGCUACCAGCAGUUAUU